GUGCAGCAGCCCGACCAAUGGGCGCGCAUCGCGUCAUUAGCCGCGGAGACGGCGGGUUUGGCUUACAUGGAGGCCUGGUCUAGGCCGGUGGGCGAGUAGGGAGGGUGAGCCGAAGGUGGCAGUCAGCGGCGGCGUCAGCCCGAGCAGUGCGUCGCCAGGACUGUGCGGCCGCACCUGCCUCACUCCGCGUUCUCCUCAGGCCCGGCCAUGGAGCAUCAGGUCCAGCGGCUUCGGCAGGCGUUCCGGUCCGGCCGAUCGCGGCCGCUCCGCUUCCGACGGCAGCAGCUCGAGGCCCUGCGGAGGAUGGUGCAGGAGCGCGAGAAGGACAUCUUGGCGGCCAUCGCGGCGGACCUGAGCAAGAGUGAACUCAACGCAUACAGUCAUGAAGUCAUUACCAUCCUUGGGGAGAUUGAUUUUAUGCUGGCAAAUCUUUCUGAAUUGGCUUCUGCUAAGCCAGCUAAGAAGAACCUGCUUACCCUGCUGGAUGAGGCCUACGUUCAGCCAGAGCCUCUGGGGGUCGUACUGAUUAUCGGAGCUUGGAACUACCCUUUCGUCCUUAUCAUGCAGCCACUGCUGGGAGCCAUUGCUGCAGGAAAUGCUGUGAUUGUUAAGCCUUCAGAACUAAGUGAGAACACAGCCAAGAUCUUAGCUGAACUCCUCCCUCAAUAUUUAGACCAGGACCUGUAUGCGGUAGUUAAUGGCGGUGUUGCCGAGACCACAGAGCUCCUGAAGCAGCGCUUUGAUCACAUUCUCUACACAGGAAACACGGCGGUUGGAAAAAUUGUCAUGGAAGCUGCUGCCAAACACCUGACCCCUGUGACCCUGGAACUCGGGGGGAAAAGCCCGUGUUACAUUGACCGAGACUGUGACCUGGACGUCGCUUGCCGACGCAUAACCUGGGGAAAGUACAUGAAUUGUGGUCAGACUUGUAUUGCUCCAGACUACAUCCUCUGCGAAGCCUCCCUCCAGGAUCAGAUAGUGCAGAAGGUUAAGGAAACGGUGAAGGACUUUUAUGGGGAAAAUAUAAAAGAGUCUCCUGAUUAUGAAAGGAUCAUCAAUCUUCGUCACUUUAAGAGGUUACAAAGUCUGCUUGAAGGACAGAAAAUAGCUUUUGGCGGGGAGACUGAUGAGGCCACACGCUACAUAGCCCCAACCAUACUUACUGAUGUUGAUCCUAAUUCCAAGGUGAUGCAAGAAGAAAUUUUUGGACCAAUUCUUCCAAUAGUGUCUGUGAAAAAUGUAGAUGAAGCCAUUAAUUUCAUUAAUGAUCGUGAAAAGCCUCUGGCGCUCUACAUAUUUUCUCAUAACAAUAAGCUCAUCAAACGGGUGAUUGAUGAGACGUCCAGUGGUGGAGUCACAGGCAAUGAUGUCAUCAUGCACUUCACUGUCAAUUCUUUGCCCUUUGGAGGUGUGGGUGCCAGUGGAAUGGGGGCUUAUCAUGGAAAAUACAGUUUUGAUACCUUUUCUCAUCAGCGCCCCUGUUUAUUAAAAGGGCUAAAGGGAGAAAGUGCUAACAAGCUCAGGUACCCUCCCAACAGCCAGUCCAAGCUCGGUUGGGCGAAGUUCUUCCUGCUGAAACAUCUCAGCAGAGGAGAGCUGUUGCUGAUGUUCUCAGUCUUGGCCCUGGCUGCAGCUAUAUUAGUCAAGAAAUGCCAAGGUCUGCCGAGGGGGAAUGCCCUGUUGGCUUCUCUGAUAGUUGACAGACUGCGCUGGUCCAGUAAACACUGAUAAUCAGAUCUCAGCUGUCUGUUGAGAGUGAGGUAGGAGCUUCCUGUUUUCUUUCUGUGUGUGAGGUGGGCCAGGUUGGGUUCCGUUUGGUUUUAGCUGUUUCUACAGCUGAAGGUGUAGGAUUGCUGACAAAGGAUGUUUUACUUACAUAUAUUGUCCUUUGACCCGGAGCUAAUCAAUGUUAAAAUUCAGUUUAGGCAUCGUUUGAAAGGGACGGGGAGGGGUACUGAUAAUCUGGGAGAAAUGUAUAGGAGUAACAUCUAGGCUGGGUCUGGUGAAAUCUGCGUCCUUUCUAAAAGUGAGUGGCCACAUGUUGAACCUUGCUGUUCCCUCUGUCAGUUCAGGAGGAUGUACCAGGCAAUUCCAGUCCACAGUCACCAUUUAGACUUUUUAUUUCAUAACUUGAGAAUAGUUUUUAAAAGUCUCAGUUGUUUCAUUUUAAUUAAAAAUAAAACCUUACAGCUUAGGAAUUGACGGUGGCAGGGUUUUUCCUCUUUUUCAUCUUUCUGAGGCUGGAGACGUGGUUGGAGGUAGGCUUGGGUCUCUGGUCAGUAGCCUUUUUUAUCUGACAUUGGUCCCUUAGCCUAGUGUGCGUAUUUUUGGUUGGGGUAGACUUUCUCAACCUCUAGGGUGACAUGGAGGACCAGGCUUGCCUUGUCCCCAAGAAGGCCCACACAAG